AUGUCAGUGAAUUCACUUCCAACACGUAUACGUGAUGACGAGAAAGUGCCUGUUCCAAUUGAAAAUGAGAGCUACUUUUACCAACAUUCUCCGGUCAAGUUUUCUGUCGAAAUAAAAGAAAAGAAAAAUAAAAAUGCGCCUAGAAGAUAUACUGCCUACGGAAUGGUCUUCAUUACCGACAAGCGACUCAUGUUCGUCACCGAGGAGCCAACGUCGGAUGGAAAUGGUACGAUCAUAAAUAUGGCCAUUACUUACGAUCUCGAGGACUUGGAGGACAAGAGAAUUUUCGAGGACUAUUACGGAAUGCUCAUUACUUGGGCCACCAAAAUGGUUCCCGAAAAAUAUAAGAAUGCUGAAGGUCUCCUUUCCGACGGAUCACGAGAGGAAGAAUUAUAA